AUGGCUAGCAGCCGCGGCGAGUUUCAGGGUGCAGAAGGGCCCCGCUCAGGCCCCGUGCGCAGCAGGACGUCGCCAGCUCCUGCUCCGAGGCAGGCACCUUUCCAGAAGCCUCCUCCCGCUGUGACUCUGAGGCCAACACUUACAUCGUCUCAGCGAUGCAUUGUACCAGAGGGGGUGCAAAACCCAGAGCAUAAGGCCUCUAUGCUAGGACAGGUGAAACGUGAAGCAAGUUUGUCAAGUGCUGUCCUGGUUCCAAGUGUGGUUAAUGGUGGGGGGGAGUGCAGCUCUCCCGAACCUUUUCUUCUGAAAGCAGCCCGUGCACCCCCAGUUCCAUCAAGUCCAAACAAAGGUCUAGAGAACUUGAUUGCAAAAUAUAAAGAGGGAGUAAUAAACCCAGUAUUUGCCUUGCAUCAGUUUGCACAAAUGCACCAUGUACACCUUGAACUGAAAGAAACUGCUGUGGCAGGUGAUAUCAUAGGGUCUUAUUUUGCCUUUUGUGCUGUGGUGGAUGGUGUUCGCUUCAAGACUGGACUGGGAGUAAGCAAGAAGCAGUCUAAAAUAAAUGCAGCUAAAUUAGCUCUUGAUGAGCUGCUUGACUUGGAGUAUACAGGGACAAAUGCUUCUGAAAAGUCAGGCUAUCUCUGUUCUACUACUGCUGAGCCCCAAAUUGCGGCAAAAUCUGUUCAUGUUUCAAGGUUCCAUUUUGAAGGAAGAAAGUGUAUAUAUAAAAAAAUAACGCAGACACUUGCAGAAGUAUUUAACAGCCUGACCUCCAAACAUCCUGAGUACCAAGGUUGUGGCAGUUCACUGGCUGCCUUCAUAAUUGAAAAAGGUGGAAAGCAUGAAGUUGUAGCUCUGGGAACAGGAGAAUGUAAUUACAGCCAGUGCUUUCAAACUUCUGGAAGAGUGUUGCAUGACAGCCAUGCUAUAGUUACUGCAAGACGUUCACUGCUUAGAUACUUUUAUAGACAUCUUUUGCUGUUCUAUAAAGACAAUUCAGCAAGGAGAGAGAAAUCAGUAUUUUGCACAGCACCAGGCUCAAAGCUGCUUAUCCUAAAGCCAAAUACAACUGUCUUUCUUUACAUGAAUCAACUUCCAAAAGGAACUGCUCAGUUAAAACCACUGGUGUAUCUCAGUCCACAAUCUGUGUCUGCUUAUGAAGCUAAUGAAAAACUGAGUCUCCAUGUUGCUGUAGAAGGAAAGAUUUACCUAACUGUUUGUUAUCCACCCGAAUCUUCUUCAGUCAGCAGUAUGUCAGCUACUGACAAGUUAACAAAAUGGGAAGUGGUUGGUGUACAGGGAGCAUUGCUGAGUCACUUCAUUGAACCAGUGUAUAUCAACAGUAUUCUUGUAGGAGAUGGCAAUUGCAAGGAUGUAAGAGGACUAGAAAUAGCUACAAAACAGCGUGUUGAUGAUGGACUUACGUCAAAGCUUCCCAUGCCUUAUGUGGUCAACAGAUCUCACACUUACUUGGUGAAUGCUGCACACCUAAUUCAAGUAGACUUUGAACAGGUGUCUCUUAGUUUGAAUUGGUCAUUGUCAGAUGCAUCACUGGAGGUUGUGGAUGGGUUAAAUGGAAAAACCAUUGAAAGUUCACCGUUCAGAAGUGGCAUUAACAUGGCAAGUCGCCUUUGCAAGGUGGCAAUGUUCAGUCGUUUCAGGAUGCUUGCUAAGGAAGCAGAAAGGAAUGAUUUGCUUCAAAUUCCAACAUAUCGUGAAGCUAAGCUUCAAUCUGAAUUGUACCAAGAAGCGAAAAACUUACUGCAAAGCUACUUAGAGCGACAUAAUUAUGGAUCCUGGAUUGUGAAGUCUCCACAUAUUGAGCAGUUCAGCGACUGACUGUGAGGCAGAUUUUAUGUGAAGUCAAGUUUGGAUGAUGUCUGAUUAGUAAAAAGUUUAACUGUAGGGUUCAUAUUUGCAUCAAGAUAAAUAAUUCCAGAGCUGUUUCUUGUCGGUUUAAAUGCAGUUGUUAAACCGUCUGUUACUGUUUAGUGUGUUCCAAAAGUUGAUGUUAUCUUAUAGGUGGGAGUAUCUAGCAGCUUUGCAAAAUCUGUGUUGUUUUGCCCCCGACUGCCUCCUCAUUUCUGUUCCCUCACCCUUACUAACUUACUUACUAACAUGUUUUUUUCGUAUUAGUUGCAGAUACGGCUAUGUAUUGAUUUUUUUUCUUUUCCCCUGCCUUGUUUAUACCUCUCUUUAACUUUUAUUUGGUAUAGAUCUGCCAAGUGGCUU